CGUAACUUUACGAUGUCUGGGCGAGGUAAAGGCGGCAAAGGACUGGGUAAAGGAGGCGCAAAGCGCCACCGGAAAGUCUUACGCGACAACAUCCAAGGCAUUACGAAACCUGCCAUUCGCCGUCUAGCUCGCCGUGGUGGUGUGAAGCGCAUCUCUGGGCUCAUCUACGAGGAGACCCGGGGAGUGCUCAAAGUCUUUCUGGAGAACGUGAUCCGGGAUGCUGUAACUUACACUGAGCACGCUAAGCGCAAGACGGUCACUGCUAUGGACGUGGUGUAUGCCUUAAAGCGGCAGGGGCGCACCCUCUACGGGUUUGGCGGCUGAGCUGUCCCUACACUUCUCCAGACUCCAAAAGGCCCUUUUUAGGGCCCGCAAAAUCUCACAAAGAGAGCUACUAAUGCUUCGUAUUCUGAGGCGUUUCAGAUCUUGAGUGUAGGCGGAGCAUUUGCGACGCUGAGUAGGACUUAAGCGAAGGAAGCCUCUUCCCAGAGUUAGGCUUUGGGGGCGUCGGGGUAGCAGGGAACCCAGAGCCGCAUGCUUGGGACAGAGCUUAACAAGUGCGGUGCAGGCCUGAAGUAACUGUCUUGAGAGAAACUCCACCCCAAAGAAGCCGGCGUUUAGAAGUGGUCAAUGGCUGCCGAGUCCUGAACCCUGAACACCUCUGGGGUGGCUUCUAUGUAAUUCGGAGUCACAGGGUGGUUACCCGGCCUGACACUGCAGGGGCCAGGAGGUCGCGGCGCUACUACCAGGAAGUCCUGAGGCGCCAAAGGCAGCCCCGGUGUGUCGCGCUGGAGUAGUAGUGGGUGUGACUUUCUUAGUUGACAUUCCGAGGGAGCGGUGACCAAACUGCUGAAAACAAGGCGGCGAAGUCUAAACUCAGGCCAAAGCUCGGAGGUCCCUACAAUUCCAACGCCGAGCCAGCUACCGUAGUCGGCCACGCGGAGCGCUUGGUGGCGGGCCAGGGGUUG